ACAUCCUCCAUUUCUAACAGGCUCCCAGAGCCGGGUUCGCAGUCGGAUCAUCCUCCAGGAGCGAGCAGCGGGCGGGGACCAGAGCGACCAGUCCUCCCGGCGCGGGCUGGGCAAUUACCGCGCUCGGCACAGGCGGUUCGCGGCCAUGGGCGGGUCGGCCUCCAGCCAGCUGGACGAGGGCAAGUGCGCCUACAUCCGAGGGAAAACUGAGGCUGCCAUCAAAAACUUCAGUCCCUACUACAGUCGUCAGUACUCUGUGGCUUUCUGCAAUCACGUGCGCAGUGAAGUAGAACAGCAAAGAGACCUAACAUCGCAGAUUUUGAAGGCCAAGCCACCAUUGACGCCUGGAACUAUUUUGUAUGAAGCAGAGCUGUCACAAUUUUCUGAAGAUGUAAGGAAGUGGAAGGAGAGAUAUAUUGUAGUUAAAAAUGAUUACGCUGUGGAGAGCUAUGAGAAUAAAGAGGCCUAUCAGAGAGGAGCUGCUCCUAAAAGCCGAAUCCUUCCAGCCGGUGGCAAGGUGUUAACCUCAGAAGAUGAAUAUAAUCUGUUAUCUGACAGGCAUUUCCCAGACCCUCUUGGCUCCAGUGAGAAGGAGAACGCUCAGCCCUUUGUGGUCCUGCCCAAGGAAUUCCCGGUGUACCUGUGGCAGCCCUUUCUCAGACACGGCUACUUCUGCUUCCAUGAGGCUGCCGACCAGAAGAGGUUUAGUGCCCUCCUAAACGACUGUGUCAGGCAUCUGAAUCACGAUUACAUGAAGCAGAUGACAUUUGAAGCCCAAGCGUUUUUAGAAGCUGUACAAUUCUUCCGACAGGAGAAGGGUCACUAUGGCUCCUGGGAAAUGAUCACUGGGGAUGAAAUCCAGAUCCUGAGUAACCUGGUGAUGGAGGAGCUCCUGCCCACUCUUCAGACAGACCUGCUGCCUAAGAUGAAGGGGAAGAAGAAUGACAGAAAGAGGACCUGGCUUGGUCUCCUCGAGGAGGCCUACACCCUGGUUCAGAAUCAAGUUUCAGAAGGAUUAAGUGCCUUGAAGGAGGAAUGCAGAGCUCUGACAAAAGGCCUGGAAGGAACGAUCCGUUCCGACAUGGAUCAGAUUGUGAACUCAAAGAACUAUUUAAUUGGAAAGAUCAAAGCAAUGGUGGCUGAGCCAGCGGAGAAAAGCUGUGCAGAGAGUGUGCAGCCAUUCCUGGCAUCCAUCCUGGAGGAGCUCAUGGGACCAGUGAGCUCGGGAUUCAGUGAAGUACGUGUACUCUUUGAAAAAGAAGUGGAUGAACUCAGCCAGAACUUCCAGACCACCAAAGACAGUGUCCAGCUAAAGGAGCAUCUAGACCAGCUUAUGAAUCUUCCGCUGCAUUCCGUGAAGAUGGAACCUUGUUAUACUAAAGUCAACCUGCUUCACGAGCACCUGCAGAAUCUCAAGAGCCGCUUCAGAUUCCCCCAUGUUGAUCUGGUGGUUCAGAGGACACAGAACUACAUGCAGGAGCUAAUGGAGAAUGCAGUGUUCACUUUCGAGCAGCUGCUUUCCCCGCAUCUCCAAGGAGAGGCCUCCAAAACUGCAGUUGCCAUUGAGAAGGUUAAGCUCCGAGUCUUAAAGCAAUAUGAUUAUGACAGCAGCACCAUCCGGAAGAAGAUAUUUCAAGAGGCACUAGUUCAAAUCACGCUUCCCACUGUGCAGAAGGCCCUGGCCUCCACGUGCAAACCAGAGCUUCAGAAAUAUGAGCAGUUCAUCUUUGCAGAUCAUACCAACAUGAUCCACGUUGAAAAUGUCUAUGAGGAGAUUUUACAUCAGAUCCUGCUUGAUGAAACUCUGAAAGUGAUAAAGGAAGCUGCUAUCCUGAAGAAACACAACUUAUUUGAAGACAACAUGGCCUUGCCCAGUGAAAGUGUGUCCAGCUUAACAGAUCUAAAGCCCCUCACAGGGUCAAACCAGGCCAGCCCUGCCAGGAGAGCUUCUGCCAUUCUGCCAGGAGUUCUGGGUAGUGAGACCCUCAGUAACGAAGUAUUCCAAGAGUCAGAGGAAGAGAAGCAGCCUGAGGUCCCUAGCUCAUUGGCCAAAGGAGAAAGCCUUUCUCGCCCUGGGCCCAGCCCACCCCUGGGUGGGACUGAGCAGGUGAUUAUUUCAAGAGUGGAUGAGCCCAUGGUGAAUCCUGUGGCAGCAGAGGAAAUGGCAGGACUCCCGGGCACACGCUCAUCAGAGCUGGAGUAUGGAGGGACCCUUGAGGAUGAAGACCCCGUCCAGGAAGAGCCAGAACCCAUCGCUGCCUCAGGUUCCUUGAAGGAGCUCAGAAAGUUGCUGACGGUGUCCGUGGAAGUACCAGUGGAUUCUGCUCCAGCGAUAGAAAAAGAUACAAAUGGGGAGAGUCUUGUUCCCCAAGAAAAUAAAGAAGAAGAGGAAAAAGAGGCCAGUCAGGCAGCUGCCACCCAUCUGGACAACUGUGAAGAAAGUGCAGUCAGUGACAGGGAGGCCCAAGCUCCCCUUCCUGAGGCCCGUGGGGAGGAGUUGGGGGAAUUUCCAGAGGUAGGCAGCCCUUCCUCCCAGCCAGCCAGCGGAGGGUUCACCGAGGAGCCCCCGAAGCCCGUGGAGGGGGCGCUCCCAGGAGACGCCUGCACACUCUCUGCCCAUGAUGGAAGAGGGGGCCAGGGCACCGAGGAAGGGGAGGAUUUGCAGCAAGAGGGCUGCACUUUAGCUUCUGACCCCAUCUGCCUCAGUGAGAGCCAGGUUUCUGAGGAACAAGAAGAGAUGGGAGGGCAAAGCCGCACGGCCCAGGCCACGGCCGGUGUGAAUGCAGAGAUGAAGGUAGCCCGAGUUCAUGAGUGCCAGUGGGUGGUGGAGGAUGCUCCCAACACAGAUGUCCUGCUGUCACACAAAGCUGAUGUGACGGAGAGAGAAGGUGGCCAGGAGAGUUCCCCAGAGCUGCCCUCAGAGGAGUGAAAGGGACCAUUUGGCUAAAGUCUUUCUCUGAACAAAGCCACAGGGCUACGGGGGUAUUCUUAGGGGGUUGCAUGUGAGCUGUUACCAAAAAAUGUUUAAGUAUUUUCUUCAUUUGAAUAAUAAAACCAGAGGAAAUGCACACAGGGCAUGAGCAACUGAGGCAAACCUCUGUGGAACUGAAUUGUUCUACCAUGAAUUUUUGCUUUAGUAUUUUAAUAAGAAUUACAGAGGCGCUGGCGUACUUGGGCAAGAGGGAGCUCAGGAUGUGUGAGGAGGGAACAGUAUUGCAGGGAAGACGAGAAAACAGUAGGUUCACAGUUUUGAAUAUACUCUGCACUUUUCAGUGGAGCAAUCUUCUUAUGCACUUUAAAGCUUUUUAAUUUUGUUUGAGAAUGUAAAUGUAUACUCUAAGUCUAGCUUUACUGUCUACUAUGCCUGCUUCACCAUCUCUUAAGGACUCAACAUUUGUCCACAGUCAGGCUGCAAGAAAGGGUAGGUCAUGACCAGCCACCCCUGCUGGGAGGAGCCCCACAGAGCUAAUCAUGCCCAAUAGAAUCAAGAGAAGCUGAGCAGAAAUGGAGGGAGAAAGGUGUGAUGGUCUGCGGGACUGUCUGGGCCUGUUCCUCAUCCUGCUAUCAAUUUCUUAUUAAUUAAUCUUGAUGAUUCUUAUUAAUUAAUCCCAUUUUCAGGAAAUUCAGGUGAGGCAAGAAAAUUUUAUUAGCCUGGGUAAGCCUGAAAGCAUUCCAAAUUAGGCUUAGACUGUGCAAAGGGCUUAGCUAAAUUAUCGAGCUUAAAGCCUAUCAAUUAAACAAACAUUAUUUGAACAGUUACUGCAUGCCACGCAUAGUGUUGGGCUUAGUAAUAAAAAGAGAAAAGAUAAAGUGCUUGUUCUAGCAUAAAUUAAAAGGUCCAAGGGAAUUUAAUCUAGAAGAAAACAUAUGCCAGUUUUCAAACUAUGACAGCUUUUUUUCCCUUUCUUUCCAUUCAAACAAUCCUGGUUCAUUCCUAGAAGGGCGCAAAAUGAAUGAAUGAAUGAAUAAAUAAAUGAAUAAAGACAA